AUGAGUGUAGGUAAUUAAGUUUAAAAGUCAAUAUCAGAAAGAGUUUAUAACAUUCCAGUUGGAAAUAAGCUUCCUAAUUCUUCUCACGCAAUGAGAAAUCCUUAAUCAGUUAAUGGACUCCUCUACUAACCCCUCCCUGGAGUGCUAAAUCUCUAAGAUCUAAUCUAAGAAGGUCUCAAAGUAAAUAGCCAAUAUGAUUUUGUAGGAACAAAGAAUCCUAAAACAGGAGUCUAUGAAUAUGAAAAAUACCAAGAUAUUUAUGAUUAAGCAGUUGCUUUAGGUUCUUCAUUUUAGAAUUAUAACUUGCUUAAAGUCUCAAACGAUCACAAAAAUUUUAGAUUUUAUAAUAACCUAAAUCAAAAUUUUGAUGGAACUUUAAAAAUGGUAGGAAUAUAUUGUAAGAAUAGACGUGAAUGGACUAUUUCUGAUUUUGCUAAUGCCCUUUAUGGCUUUACUAUGGUUCCUCUUUAUGACACUCUAGGACCUGAAUCUGCAAGUUAUAUAUUAGGACACUCUGGAAUACUUACAUGCAUUUGUUCUACCUAGCAAAUAGAUAUCUUGUCAAAGGCUACUAAUCUGCAUGAUUUAAAAUAUAUCAUUUCUAUUGACGAAGAUCUUAGCGUGGAAACUUAAUAAACCUUACAAAAUAGAGGAAUUAAAAUUCUUAAAUUCAAAGACUUGAUAGAUUAAGGUCGCAAAUAGCUGGUACCUUUACCAAAGAAUCUUCCUUCUGAUACAAUUUUUUCAUUUAGCUACACAUCUGGAACUACUGGAAAUCCUAAAGGAGCUAUGAUCACUCAUAGAAAUUUGAUUUCUAUUGUAUGCAGUCAAUAAAGAAGUGAGUCUAAGUUCGAUAAUAAAGAUGUCUUCCUCAGCUAUUUACCUUUGCCUCAUAUUUAUGAAAGAUUUGUUUAAGUGACUUGCUGGUUUACUGGAACUAAAAUUGCUUAUUAUGGAGGAGAUAUGCUGAAAUUAAGAGAAGACUUUGCUGCUGCUUAACCAACUGUUGCUAUUUUUGUUCCAAGACUAUUGAAUAAGUUUUAUGAAGAAAUAAAUGCUUUCAUCAGCAGAAUGCCUUAAGCAUAGUAAAACAUAAUACAAAAAGCUAUUUAAGAAAAGAUGUAAAAUCUACAGAAAAAAGAAACAUACACUUUCCAUCAUCCAAUUUAUGAUGAGUAAAUUUUUAGUAAAUUCAAAAACAUGUUUGGUGGAAAGCUAAGAAGUAUGAAUUCUGGUGCAGCUCCUAUUUCUUAAAAGGUAUUAGACUUUUUCAAAGUAAUAUUUUCAUGUAACGUCGCAUAAGGCUAUGGCUAAACUGAAGGUACAGGAAUGGAAACAAGCUAGGUUAUGGGCGAUAUAGAAGAAAAUAAUGUAGGUGGUAUUGUUUCAAGUAUCGAAAUCAAAUUAGAAGAUGUUCCUGACAUGGGAUAUCUCUCCACUGAUAAAGAUGAAUUUGGAAAUCCAAUGCCAAGAGGUGAGAUAUGCAUUAGAGGACACAGUGUCUUUGCUGGAUAUUACAAAGACGAUUAAAAAACAAAUGAAACUUUUGAUUCAGAUGGCUGGAUGCAUUCUGGUGAUAUCGGAGCUAUCUUGCCUAGUGGAGCUUUGAGAAUUAUUGAUAGAAAGAAAAAUCUUUUCAAACUACAAUAAGGAGAAUAUGUUUCUCCCGAAAAAAUAGAAAACAUCUACAUAAGAGCUAGAGGUGUUUAAGAGGCUUUUGUUCACGGUGAUUCUUUGUAAACUUAUUGCAUUGCAGUAAUUGUACCAAAACCUGACGAAAUAGUUAAAAUAGCUUAAGAAUUAAACAUAAAAGAAUAAAAAAUUGAAGUUUUAUGCCAAAAUUAAUAAGUAAAUCAGUUCUACUUAAAUACAAUUUAAGAUUUUGGUAAAAAAGAGGGAUUAUUUUCUUUUGAAUAAGCUCAAAAAAUUCACCUAGAACCUGUAUCAUUAGCUGUUCAUGGGUGCUUGACUAGUAGUUUUAAGCUCUAGAGACACAUAGCUAAAUAAAUAUUCAAAAAAGUAAUUGAUGAACUCUAUAGUAAACCUUUACAAUAGAAGUAAUCUCCUCGUUUGUGA